UUUGGAAUGAGGGUGUGAGUGGCUGCAAAUUCCCAUCUCCCUUUUCAUUCCAGCCUCAUUGUAACAAGCAUUCGACUGGCUUCUCUCUCUCUCCUUCUCCUCGCUCUCCCUCAUCUCAUUGUGUCAGAGUAGGCCAAGUCUGAAGUCCUUUCCAGGGAGUGGCUCUGUUCAUCCUAUUCUCCAGCCAAAGUCAGAACAGCGUAAGGGGAGAGAGACACAGUCAGCAGCCAAAGGACUCGGUGGAAAGAACAGAGCACCGUAGACAACAUGCUGCUCUUGGGACCCCAGGUGCUGCUGUUCCUCACUGCACUGCUCAUGCCCGCUGACUGGAUACCCCUAGGAGCCAAUGGCCAACGGGGAGAUGAUGUGACUCAAGCAACUCAAGAAACAUUCACAGACGAUCCUAAUCUGGUGAACGAUCCCCCUACAGAUGAAACAGAGUGCCGGGAUGAGAAAUUUGCUUGCACAAGACUCUACUCUGUGCAUCGGCCAGUCAAACAAUGCGUCCAUCAGUUAUGCUUCACCAGUUUACGACGUAUGUAUAUCAUCAACAAUGAGAUCUGCUCCCGUCUUGUCUGUAAAGAACAUGAAGUUAUGAAAGAUGAACUUUGCCGUCAGAUGGCCGGGCUGCCCCCACGGAGACUCCGUCGCUCCAACUACUUCCGACUUCCUCCCUGUGAAAAUGUGGAUUUGCAGAGACCUGGUGGUCUGUGAUCAUCAAGGAAUAGGAGACAAGAAAGAAUGAGGAGGUGUGAGGAAGGAGAGUUUCCUUCUUCUCCAACCGUUGUCGGCUAACCCACAGACAGUAUUUCUUAACCAAUCUCUUUAUAAUGUCCAGCUUUUACUCCUCCUGUCUAGUUUUUUACCGAGACUGAUAACAUCUAUCUCAUACAAAUACAAAGUCUCUGUAUAUUAUUGCA